AAUUUGCCGAUAAAAUAAGACGAUCAGCCCCUAAGAAAAUCGGUGCGGUGCAAUCUUCAAUAUCAUUUCUAUCAAAAAUUUCCUAUUUCUGCGAAGUAUUCUCCAUUCAUGUUGUACACACCCCAACCAUAUACUUAAAAUUCUUCUCCGAAUUUGGGUAGUUCUUAGUUAGGUAAUCUUGAAUUCUGUGUGCACUUCAAAAACUAUACAUACACUGAUAUAUUUAUGCACCACUAUAAUGGCAGUAUAAUAAGAAGACAACAACACUUAAUCAGUUGUUUAGUAUCCAAUUAUCAUCAUAGUAGCAUCAGCUGCAAUUCAUCAAGAAUGCAAACAAUGAUGAUUAGUGGGAGCCCUAAUAGUUUAGAAGUUGAUGCUAUUAGUAUUUUGAGGUCAAUCGCUCCUACCCUUGAUUCAACUAAGCAUAAAGGCCAAGCUGGAAAGGUAGCAGUUGUAGGGGGUUGCCGUGAAUACACUGGUGCGCCGUACUUCUCUGCUAUUUCAGCUCUCAAAAUUGGUGCAGAUUUAUCACAUGUAUUUUGUACUAGAGAUGCUGCUCCAGUUAUUAAAGGCUACAGUCCUGAGUUGAUAGUGCAUCCUUUGCUAGAGGAAUCAUACAAUCUGAGGGAUGAAGACAAAAAAUCAAUCUCAAUGCGGGUUCUUGCUGAAGUUGACAAGUGGAUGGAAAGAUUUGACUGUCUUGUCAUUGGCCCUGGGCUUGGAAGAGAUCCAUUCCUUCUGGAUUGCGUAAGUGACAUUAUGAAGCAUGCUCGGCAAAGUAACGUCCCAAUGGUCAUUGAUGGGGAUGGGCUAUUUCUUGUCACAAACUGUCUUGAUCUAGUACGUGGGUAUCCUUUAGCUGUUCUAACGCCAAAUGUAAAUGAGUAUAAACGCCUUGUUCAGAAAGUUUUAAACUGUGACGUAAAUGAUCAAGAUGGGCCCCAGCAGUUGCUGUCUCUUGCCAGCAGUAUUGGUGGUGUGACUAUUCUUCGUAAAGGGCAAUCUGAUUACAUUAGUGAUGGCAAAGAAGUUAAAUCAGUUAGCAUAUAUGGUUCUCCUCGACGCUGCGGUGGGCAAGGCGAUAUACUCUCUGGAAGUGUUGCGGUAUUCUUAGCUUGGGCUCGGCAGCUUGUUGGUAAAGGGCAGCCCAAUAUCAACCCUGCUAUGUUGGGUUGUAUUGCAGGAUCCGCUUUAAUGAGGAAGGCAGCAUCAGUUGCAUUCGAGGAUAAGAAGAGAUCAACCCUCACCACCGAUAUUAUAGAAUGCUUAGGAAGAAGUUUGGAGGAUAUUUUUCCAGUUUCUUAGCUUUGGGCAUGCUUAACUCAUGAUUGCCAUCUUUCUCUCUUGGAGUGAUGGAGGGCGGUAACAUGUUGAGUUUGAAGAAGAAAUUAUUUUCUUUCUUGGGUCGAUCUCGUCUUGGUGGUUUCCUAGUAUGCAAUAAAUGCAUGCAUUUAGCUAAGCUUUAUUGGGACAGCAAGAACUAGAAGUAAAAGUUGCCAAUAAAUCAGUUAUUUAGGAAAUAAAUUGGCUUGAGCCUAAAGAUGAAGAUGCCAAAGUUGCAACUUUACUUCGGAAUAGAUAAAUGCCCAUAGUAGGUUUGUGUUUAUGUGAAUUCUUACCGAUAUAUAAAAGACAUUAUCUUGGAAA